CAAACAUGCACACUAGUACAUACUAUACCCCUACUAUCGCCCUAUUUCCCACUGGCCAAACACACCCCCACCAAAGUACGGUUACGUUUCCUCUGCUUCUCUGGCGCCACACACAACAGUUCCCAAGACGUUGAAUUAUGCUGCACUGUAACUCGAAAACCCAAAUCUCAGAUCAACACGCUUCGAGGGCAGUUUUGGCUACAAACCGAAUCUGUGAAUCAUGGCGCCCACAAGCGAAGAAAAGCUUCGCAAGUCGGAUUUGCAUGUCCUGAUCGCUGGCGCGGGGAUCGUGGGAUUGACACUGGCUCAGGGAUGCAAGAAACAUGGCAUCCCUUUCACCAUUUUUGAGCGGGAUAUAGAUCGUCUCUCGAAACCUCAAGGUUGGGCCUUGACACUGCACUGGUCUUUGAACUCGUUGAGGCGAACUAUUGAUGCAGAUCUGGCCAAGGAUCUUACAACUGUCAGUCUUUCCCACAUGAUACUUGGUAUUGAUUAUAUCACUCGUACUCGUACUCAUGCCAUAAGUCUUUAGGCCACUGUCGACCCUACUUUGAAAUUAGAUUCGGGUAAUUUCCUCUUUCUGAAUGCGGAAACAGGAGAAACUCGUUACAAGAUCCCUCCUACCAAGGAAAGACUUCGCCUUAAUCGGUUGAAACUUCUCAAUCUUCUAUCCAAAGGCCUUGAUAUCCAAUGGGGUAAAGUUGCUACCUCCCUCAAGGACCUGCCAGAUGGGACCGUUGAGGUUAAUUUUCAAGAUGGCUCCGUAGCCACAGGCUCCAUGUUGAUUGGGGCAGACGGCAAUCAUAGCAAAGGUUUGUCUUUCCCAGAAAUCUCAUGAGCCUACCCAUUUGCUCCUGUCGUUAACAAGGAUUUAGUGAGAAAAAGCCUAAUCAAGGAUGAGAAAAAGUCCAGCCUGACGGAACUUCCUAUCCGAGUUCUUGCAGCGGUGCGGCACUUCACUUACGAACAACGUCUUGAGGCUCGCGCUCUAGACCCCCUUAUGUUUAGCGGCCUUAAUCCGACCACCUCAAAUUAUGUUUGGUACAGUGUUCAAGAAGUGUUUGAGCAGGAAGAUGGCAAAAAUCCCUUCGACGCUCUUGUACUCACUAGUUGGGAGUUCAAAGACUCAGAAAAGGAUGUCGCCCCUUCAACCAACAAACUUCGCGUAGCCUACAUGAAAGAGAGAGCAAAAGACUUCAUUGGACCGAUCAGGCGUCUUUUUGAAGGGAUCCCAGACGAUAGCGAGCGAAUAACUUCGCUCACACUUGCGGAUUAUCCUUCGCUGGAUUGGGAAAGCAAUCCGAAAGUCACAUUGGCAGGCGACGCUGCUCAUGCCAUGACAAUGUAUCGUGGCGAAGGGGCAAAUCAUGGAAUUCUCGAUGCAGCACUUCUCAUAGAUCAGCUCAUCAAAGUCAACAGCGGUGAGGUGGAUCAGAAGCGAGCCAUCGAGGUUUAUGAAGAAGAGAUGAAGCGGCGGUGCAAGGCUGCCGUUUUGAAAAGUCGACAGGCUUGCUUGGAUGGCCAUAACUGGAAUCAUAUUACAGAUGGUAGUCCGUUGAUUGGUGGUCGAUGGCCGCCUGCAACGGCAUAAUUACUUUGUUUUCCAUGAUCUGGUUUGGGCUUGGUGAUGAAACCAUGGGCUUGGGUCCAGUGACAGACUGUACAAGGCCUGUAGCUGGGACUUGCAUGGAUAUUUGUUGGUUUUGCUGUUACAACGCUGUGUUCUUUCA